AUGUUUCAAUCCUCGAAACCCUACUCGGCCGUCACGGUCCAAAUAGAGGUCCUGACCAGCGAACAAUAUGAGGUGGAGGACUCAAGUGGUAUCGUCGAUCUGGUAGAAGUCGUUCGCAUUCAAGCCAGUGGCCCGACAGAAGCAAGCCGGGCUUUGCGGAAGAAGCUGAAGUAUGGAAACCUCCAUCGCCAACUACGGGCGCUCACGAUCCUCGAUUUCUUGAUUCAAAAUGCAGGCGAACGAUUCCUGCGCGAAUUCGCCGACGAACCCUUGUUGGAACGACUACGUAUCGCCGCUACCGAUUCCGUCUCAGACCCGCUGGUGAAGCAAAAGUGUAAACAGCUAUUUGCGCAAUGGGCGGUAACAUACAAGGACACGCCCGGUAUGGCAAAGAUUACGGCGCUUUACAAGCAACUUCCAAAGCGCAAGCAACCGGCCUCGCAGGCCAAGGCCAAGGUGCUUCGAGAAGGGUCAACCCAUAACGACCCACCAAUGGGCCAUACUGUCACCAUCUCUGCCGGCAAUGGUCCGUCUACAACACUCAGCAGCCCAAAGCAAAAGUCCAAAUCGAAGGAAAAGAAGAGAGACAAGAAGCUGUCAAUUAGCUCAAAGAGCUUCAACAUGGAGCGGGAACGCCCGCAGAUUCUGGAGACCAUCGCAUCUGCAUCAGUGGCGAGUACGAACUUGCUCAACUCUUUGAAACUGGUUAACCGCGAAACCACUCGCGUCAGCGACGAUGCGGAAUGUAGCCACCGCUUCGAUACAUGCAAGAAGCUCCGUCACCAGAUUCUGCGAUAUAUCCAACACAUCGAGAGCGAGGAAUUCCUUGGUGGAUUGAUCCAUGCCAAUGAAGAACUGGUGACCGCAUUGAUGGCAUUCGAGGUUCUGGACAAGAGCGUGGAUUACGACAGUGACAGUGACGACGAUGUACUGUCCGGUAACUGGCGGUCCCGGGCUGAUAUCGAAUCCGAAAUGAACCAGAGCUUUAGUGGGUUGUCUGUCAACCCGCCGAAGCCGCCUCGACCUAGUCUGCCCGUCGCUUCGUCUUCGCAGCACGGGCGGCAAAUAUUCGAAAGUGAAAGCGAGUCGGAGGAAGAAGAGGAUGACGAUGAAGACAACCCCUUCGGAGACCGGAAUGCGAUUAAAACACCUGGAAUUGAGAAAGCUGGAUAUUCUUGGUACGUCUUUCAUUCAUUUAAUUCGUUCCGGGCAGGUUACUAA